AUGCCUCGCAAAGACUUUCAGAGAGACCUGAUUGGUGCAAAAGUAUCAGGCAGAUUCCCUCAUCUGAACGGUGUCGGAGCAGGAGACCAUGAUGGCUCUAUCACAUUUACGUUCGCUGAUUCCUCAACCAGCACCAGGAUUGAUUUCCAAGCCAUAGUAUCAGAUACACAAGACUACCCCGAAAACCACACGUACUUUGUCUUCACCACGUCCGAAGAUCCUCCCUCAAGGGUCGCUACAGUUAUAGAAAAUGCUCAGUCCAGGUUUUCAGGGGUUUCACUCGAGGAUUUCCUGACGUACAUCGACGAGCUCGUCCAAGACGCGCUACGGCAACCGGCUUUCGAAGCCGAUGACGACGAGAAGGUUGACUAUAGGGCUGACGAGACUGACUUUGACGACGACGACGUUGACUGGGAUAUGGAAAAUGAACCGGUAUUUGGCAUUUCGCGGGCAGACGAAAAGCAUCUAUUGAAAACCUUGCGCCGCGACCUUCGCGCCGUGAAAAACGCGGGUCUUAAAGUAGGUUGUCUGGGAACACUGACAGGCGCUAUAAUCGUAUCAGUCUCCUGUCGCAUCGGUAGACUAGGCAUAUCUGAGGAGGCCAUGAAAGCAUGGAAUGUUCGCGCUUCAGAAUACCUGGUUCUGCUCAUUCGUUAUCCAGGGACCUAUGUGCAUUUUCAGGAACUGCUGGCGCUCGGAAAUGCAAAGUACCCUGCAAUCCAGUUCCACGUCGGGUUAUGUGACUCUUACAAGCCAAUUGCCGAAGACGCCAUCCGAGCCUUUCAAGGGAAUCUUUCACUAUCCGAAGAUGGCCUAACAGGGACCGCCCGAUUGAGAUCACUGUUCAUCGAGCAACCGCUGGAUUCACUCCUGAACGAGAGAUUCCUCCGGAUUAUGGAAUUGCGAUAUCAUCUAGGCCUGUCAUGGACAGGUGCUGAGCUUUACAUUCAACAAAAUCAAGGCAGGAAGCCGGACGAUGGCGCUCUACCCGACGACUAUUUCGAGCCAGACGCCUGGAGUGCCUCCGCACCCGCCCUGUUUCAAGAUGACCAUAUAGGUCAAGGCCACGGGGUUGAAAAAUUGUCCCUACCGUUGAUAGCGAUGCAGUUCACUCUUCGCCACUUUGUGAAGUGCACAGAAUUCUGCCUGGUCUGCCAUUGCAAAAUCCGCGACCGUUUUGAAGCAAUCAAGCCGUACGUUUGCUCCAACAGUUUGUGCUUGUUCCAGUACAUGGCGCUCGGCAUGGGCCCGAGCUUGGAACACGAGAUUCAAUUCCAACCUAGCGUUGUUGAUUUGCUCAUCAGUUUGACAUAUGCUCGGGCAGUAUCCGGUAAACUCACGGAUUUUCCCACGGGCCUGGGUCUCAAGGUCCCAGGGGUCCUAAACAUGAAUAGGCUUGACGAGAUCGAACAUCAUCUGACAAGGCCGAAUGACAGAAAUUCUUCUCAGGUUCCAACCUGUUACAGUGGCAACUUGGUCCCGGCAACAAUGGCCUGUCGCCUGGAUAAGCGCACGCAUCUGAAACCCGGAGACUGGGUGGUCAUUUUUCAGACUGGAACGGAUCAGAAGGACGGGCCCUGGCAUUGUCGAGUAGAGGCCAUUGAUGUAGGUACUUGUGAGGUGCAACUCUCCUCUCCCACUGUGAAGGGACAGCAGCUCUUAGCAUCUGAACUUCUGCCUGGCCCAUCACAGGUCAAAUUCAUGGCUUAUGAGAGGAAUUUCGAUGACCUUGACGUCGAUGAGAAAAGAGCUGCGGUCAGACUGCUCCUCGACACCCUCCCGAAUGUUGACAAGAUGAAAGCCUUCCUUGCGGACUCUGAUAACAAAAGGCUGGCUGCUUGGAGGGACGUCAUUUCCCCGGCAGCACUUGACGUGUUGCGCUGGGUCGUUGCGUCAAACCGCUCGUUUAUCCUGGAGGACGAUACCACGCAUUCUGAUUAUCGAGUGACUGGAAUGGGGUCAUACAAGCAGUUUCGGCUUGUGCAAGGAGCCCCAGACAAAGAGCAGCGCUUCAGAGCCGCCGUCGCCGCUAACGCCGCCAUGACCAAGACAGAUUACCCGACCAUCUUUGCCUGGCACGGAAGUCCAGUGUGGAACUGGCACAGUAUUCUCCGAGAAGGUCUGCACUUCAAAGAGGUUACAAACGGACGCGCCUAUGGGGAUGGGGUUUACCUGUCAAAUAACUUCCACACAUCCGUAGGUUACACCCGCGAAGGACUCGACUACUCCUGGCCUCAGAGCAAUUUGAAAAUCAGGAUGCUGGUCUCGCUAAACGAGCUGGUCAAUGCGCCAGCUCAGUUCAAACAUACCAAUCCGCAUUACGUAGUCACCCAACUGGACUGGAUACAGCCGAGAUAUCUCUUCGUCAAAUGCCAAGGUGCAGGGCCCGGUGAUGGAACAGCAAAUGCCAAACCAUCAGCGAUGUAUACUCAGGAUCCAAAAUAUCCAGCCCAGGGGCCAAAUGGAACUUCAAUCUGCAUUCCAAUCUCUGCUCUGAACAGUCAGCGGAGACAUAGCUUGGGCGUUACUAGCCGAACCGAUUCUGACCUCGCCAUAUCCGCAUCUCCUGGAAGAAAGAAGCGUAAGAGGGAUGCUGAUAAGCUGCCUACCCCUGACGCCUCGAAAAACGACAUAGUCUUAGAGGAAGAUGACGUUGUUAGUGUGGCCACAGCAUUCGACGACCUUCAGAUCCUUCUUUCAGAAGACGAAUGCGAGGUAGAGGAGCCGGAGCCCCCGUCGGUCAAGCCGUCCAAGAACGGUGUGGAAAGUGACUUCGAGCCCGGAACUCUCAAAAAGGAAUCCCUUCCCUUGCUCACCCCUCCCCAAUACGCAACCACACCAGCGACCAAAGUUCUACAGCAACAUCUGCAAGCGACUCUCAAAGUCCAAGGUCGAGAGCCCCUUCAUGACCUCGGCUGGUACAUUGACCCAGAUUUUAUAACCACAGUAUACCAGUGGAUCGUGGAGCUGCACAGCUUCGACCCCAAGCUCCCGCUCGCCAAAGACCUCAAGCAAGCGAAUAUGAAAAGCGUCGUGCUGGAACUGCGCUUCCCCCCGGGCUUCCCCAUGUCUCCUCCAUUUGUCCGCGUGAUCCGGCCGCGAUUCCUGGAGUUUGCCAAUGGCGGUGGUGGGCACGUCACCGCCGGCGGGGCCAUGUGUAUGGAACUCUUGACCAAUUCAGGCUGGCUCCCGACGGCAUCUAUCGAGAGCGUGCUGCUGCAGGUUCGAAUGGCAAUCACCAACACCGAACCCCGUCCUGCGCGUCUGGCGCUGAACCGGUCUCGCACGGACUAUUCUGUUGGCGAGGCGGUUGAAGCGUACAAGAGGGCAUGCCUGGCGCAUGGAUGGCAGAUCCCGGAGGAUAUUCAGCGGCUUUCGUGGGCUUAA